UUCGCAAAAAAAAGAAAAAACAAAUGGCUGGUGCCGACGAAUCGUUUCCCAAUGGCGAUGAGUCUAGCGGCGGCUGGAGGAACGGGGAGACUCAUAUGGCCAGUGGAGAAGCUGAUUCGUGGUUCCCGAUGGCGAACCCGGAGGAUUUCGACAUUUUUGGAUCAAGUGUAUGCAACGGUGAUUCUCAGCGGAAUUUCGUGGAAGGCGUUGUUGAUGAUCCAGUUGAUGAACUAUCCAAGGAGCCGGACGGAGGUUCGGGCCUUUGCGGCGAAGGGGGAAAAAGCGCAGAUACACGCCUGAAGGUUCUGAUACUCCAGCAGCUAUGUCUGAUGGUUGGAUUAAAAAAGUGCGCGUGACUGAUUCCACGGAAGAAAGAAAAACAAAUCCUGAGAAACCGUCUGCCUAGUUUCUCAAAAGAAACGGUCUGCCUUGGAGAGCACAAUUCGCAGCUAUGUAGAGAAUAGCUGAAUAGGCGUCCAAUGGUUGUGGAUCCUGCAACUGGUACCUCGUUCGAUUCUCUGGACGAGGCGUACAGUUUCCACGAGAGUAGGAGGGAUCCGGAUAGGUGAUGGAUCCUGGCAGAAUGCACCAGCAGAGAGCAGGGAAGGUGUUUGUGGAAAGGUUGGCCAUGUGUGUUUUGUUUUUUUGUUUGCAUGUUUUCCUAAUCAGAAUGAUCACGCUAAUGACAAUUAAAAAUAAUAAUGUUUGUAAAACGGAGAAAGGAGCUUGAUGAUGAGUACACCAGUGGGAUCAUAAGAGUGAAUGCAAAGCUGGACAGUGAGGAAGCCCAAUUAGAGGCAGAGGAACUGCAGAAAUUGGAUCUUUUGAAGGAAGAAAUUUUAAGAAAUCUAAGAUUCGGUCAUGAGACGAGAGACGAGACGUUCGAAGUUGUUAGGUGAUCUGAAGACAAAAUAUGAUGCUGGGAGUCAGGCCUCGUUUCAUCUGAGAGGAUCAUUGAGCGGAUAGGUGAAAGACAAUGGAUCAUAAUAUUUUUUUGUGACGGAAUUUUAUCGUGAAACCUUUAUUGUGGGCUAUGUUAGAUGGAGAUUUCAGUUUAUCUGUUGAUUGAAGAAUGUUUUGUUUGCAGCAACUUGAGAGCUAAAACUAUUUUUGCUUAUGGUGAAAAAUCGUCAAGUGUAUCGUGAUAUUUUGUCAUAAUUUGAUGGUGUAUCUAUCUUUUA